AGAGUAAUUUCAUGCUUUUAAUAAGAUUAUUUCUUAUAGCUUAUGACAUUUGUUACAUUAAGAUGUACUGCGGACCAUAUUACUAAAGUUUUAUCUUCUACAUGUUUCUCCAGUAUGUUUGUGAUUAAAUAUACUUUAUUUUAUUUCAACAUGGAAGUUAUGAAGGAAUUAUUAAUGGAACUUCAGUAUAUAUUUGACGGAUUAAAAGAUAAGAACGAAGUUGCUAUUAUGCAAGAAUAUAAUUGCAAUGCAAGACGUUAUACAAUGGUACUCACAGUCCUAGGCGUUUGCACUAUAUUUGCUGCUAUCAUCGCUCUAUUUUGGUCGAGAAUUCUUUAUAUUAUUUUACCGAACGUAUCUUUAUCACGUCGGUUGCCGGUUAAAUUCGAAUAUUUUAUCGAUCAAGAGAAAUAUUACUAUUGGAUUUUGCUACAUAUUAAUGUAGCAUUGUGCAUCGGGGCAAUUGCAAUGGUAGGAAUAGGAACAACACUUAUUGCGUAUGCUCAACAUACAUGUGGUAUGUUUAGAAUUUCCAGUUAUCGUAUUAGACGCGCAGUUCAUGUAAAUACGUUAGAAAAUACUAAAUUAAAGGAGAAUUUAAUAUUGAAAGGAAUAAUUAGUGCUGUAAACAUUCAUCGUCAAGCAAUGAAAUUAUCCGGACUUUUGGUAUCAAAAAUUCAGACAAUGUUGUUCUGUUUAAUAAUAAUCGGAGUGGUCUCUUUGAGUCUUAAUCUUUUUCAAAUUUUUCAGAUUGCCUCAUCCGGAAAUGAUGUCAAGGAGUUUAUAUUUCCAAUUUUAUUUGUGACUGUCAGUGUCCUAUACAUGUUUUUAGCUAAUUAUGUGGCACAGGUUAUAAUGGAUCAUAAUAAUGAUAUAUUUGCUACUGUGUAUGAUGUAAAGUGGCAUGCAGCUCCGUUACAUAUACAGAAAUUACUACUAUUUCUGCUGCAAAGAGGCGCCAAAGAUUUUACUUUAAGCGUCGGUGGACUAUUUGUUGGAUCGUUGGAAUGUUUCGCCACGCUGGGGAAAGCCUCAGUCUCUUAUUUUACUGUAAUAUGUUCAACGCAAUAAUAAGAUAAGAAGAGAAAUAAUAACGAAAUUGAAA